AUUCCCGCCUUUCUCUACUGCCCUAUUUAUUUCCAUUUUACUCAAACACACCACCGAAAGAACGAACCCAGCUUCAUCCAUUACCCUCAACAACAACAACAACCACAAGAAACUCAACAAUCUUCGAAGAACAAACCCUAACAUUCAUCUAAUAUCCAUACCAAAAUGUCGUGGCAAACAUAUGUCGAUGAUCAUUUGAUGUGCGACAUUGAUGGCCAAGGCCAGCACCUCACCGCCGCUGCCAUUGUCGGCCACGAUGGUAGCGUCUGGGCUCAGAGUGCCUCAUUUCCUCAGUUCAAGUCUGAGGAGAUCACUGGAAUCAUGAAGGAUUUUGAUGAACCAGGUCACCUUGCACCUACUGGAUUACACCUUGGAGGUACAAAGUAUAUGGUAAUCCAAGGAGAGCCUGGAGCAGUCAUCCGUGGAAAGAAGGGGUCUGGAGGAAUUACCGUAAAGAAGACUGGUCAAGCUCUAGUCUUUGGAAUUUAUGAAGAACCUGUUACUCCAGGACAGUGCAACAUGGUCGUUGAGAGGCUGGGUGAUUACCUCGUCGAUCAGGGUCUGUAGGCUUUCUAAGUCGAUCUCGGUUCCCUCUAUCGAAUUUUGGCCUACAGUUAUUCUUUUUUCAGAUUCUUUUUCCUCCUUCUCUUGUGUUUGUUUGGUUUCAAGUUUGCAUAUGCUUCAUUCUAGAGCCUCAGAAUAGGCAGAGAAGCUAAUGCAGACAAUAACCUCCUGAAAGAUAUUAACAGUUUGUUUGGAGCUUUGGCUUUUGAU